AUGCCCAAGUGUCCUAGUUGUCAGAAGGAGGUCUAUUUCGACCUAUCCUUUGAUAUGUGGAUUCGGUCUGGUAGCCACAGUAAUAUCUCUCCUUCCUCUCCCCCGCCCCCCAAUAUUAUCAUAGCUGAAAAAAGUCACCUCCCUUGGGAAGAUUGGCACCGGCCAUGUUUGAAGUGUGAAAAAUGCAAGAAGACCUUAAGUGCAGGUGGCCAUGCAGAGCAUGAGGGGAAACCUUAUUGCAACUACCCCUGCUAUGCUGCAUUGUUUGGACCCAAAGGAUUUGGGCGUGGAGGUGCUGAAAGCUACACUUUCAAAUAAACUUAGGUGAGUCCCACUUUUCUAUUAAUAGCGUCAUGAUUAGAGAGCUACAUGUAGCAUUGUAGAUUAAGUCUUGUUCUUUUGGUUUUGCUUAUAUGUUAUCUUUUCCUUCUAGGAGUGGAAUGAUGAAUUUUGGCUGAUUCCAGCGGAGUUCAUAAGAAUACCACACUGUGUUUUUUCACUAGAAGUGAAUAUAAUGAAGACUUCAAAAGGGGAGAGGGGGAUGAUAAUUGAAUGGAGGGUUUCCUGUUUAACAUAAGUUGAGAAAUAUAAUCAUGUGGAAACUAGGAAAGAAUAGCAUUGGGGGGCAUCAUAGGAAAGUGUGGAAAUUUUAAAAAAAUCAAAGCCUGUUUUAGAUCUUUCCUUUUAUUCUUAUUUUUCUAACUUACAAAUAAAAUCUUAAAUCAAAAGAGGCUUGCAGAUACCAAUGAUCAGAAAAUGAACAUAAACACCUGGGAAAUGCCGUAUUUACUAAUGUUCUUUAAGAAAGGAUAUCCAAAAGUGUCUUCAGAAUUAUUUUUAGUGAACUAACAUAUAACGGUGGAAAUGAAUAUUUAUUGCAUCCAGUGAAACUUUGCAUUUUGAAUUUAUAAAUUUGCAAUUCCACUGAAAUCCAUCGGGGAGCAAUUGGCUGAUUGUACAAUCAGAAACCAAAUACAUAAUUCUGCAGAACAUUGCUAUAUAUUUGUGUUAAAAGAAUUCUGAGAGAGGCUGGUUGUUCAUUUUUACUCAGAAUUAGUAAGGUGUUUAAUUUACUGUACAAUAUAUAUUAUAUAUUUACAGUGGGUACAAUUGCAGUAGAAACAAGUUUACCUGACUCUCCUUAGCAUCUUUAGCUCCUUUUGUCAAUAUAUUUUUCCAUGCCUAUACUGCAAACUAGCAAGUCUAGGCCUCUGGUAAGGCUAAUAUGGGUUUGACUUUAAUUGAAACUGAAAAGUGUGUGGCAUAGCGAUGGGAUCCAAAAUGGCCCAAAUGUCAAUUCGUCAAUUAUGAGAUUUACUGACAUUUUCAUUUUACUUAAGUUAAACCAGAUUAUAUGAAAGUAGUUGGCUCCAGUUAAGAUGAGAACCUACUGUGCUGAAUUAAAGAAACAAUUAUUUCCUAUUCAGUACAGUUUUUCUAAUUUAAACAACCAAGAAUAUUCAGUGACAGAGAUGCGCCCCAUUC